AUGGCUCCAAGGUUGGAUUUUUCAGAUUGGUGGGCUAAAGAUACGAGGAAAGGAACACCAGUUGUUGUGAAAAUGGAGAAUCCAAAUUACUCUGUAGUUGAAAUCGAUGGUCCAGAUUCAGCUUUUAGACCAGUGGAGAAGAGUAGAGGUAAGAACGCAAAGCAAGUGACUUGGGUUUUGCUUCUCAAAGCUCAUAGAGCCGUUGGUUGUCUCACUUGGCUCGGCACUGUCUUUUGGUCUCUCCUUGGUACUAUCAAGAAAAGGCUUAGCUUCACUCACCCUCUUGGCUCUGAGAAAUUGGGUAGAGAUAGAUGGCUUUUUACUGCCAUUAAGCUCUUCUUAGCUCUUUCCUUAGUGAUUCUCGGGUUUGAGAUUGUUGCUUAUUUCAGUGGAUGGCAUUACUUCGAAAGCCCUAGUAUUCACAUCCCAAUUAGCACACUUGAGAUCCAGAGCUUGCUUCAUCUUGUUUACGUUGGUUGGUUAAGCAUAAGAGCUGAUUAUAUUGCUCCUCCAAUCAAAGCUCUCUCCAAGUUUUGUAUUGUCCUGUUCCUUAUACAGUCUGUAGAUCGUUUGGUUCUUUGUUUGGGGUGUUUUUGGAUCAAGUAUAAGAAGAUUAAGCCGAGAUUCGAUGAAGAACCGUUUCGUAAUGAUGAUGCUGAGGGAUCUGGAUUUGAGUAUCCAAUGGUUCUUGUUCAGAUUCCAAUGUGCAAUGAGAUAGAGGUGUAUGAACAAUCUAUAUCUGCUGUGUGUCAACUUGACUGGCCAAAAGAUCGAAUUCUGGUUCAGGUUCUCGAUGAUUCGAACGAUGAAAGCAUCCAACAGUUAAUUAAAGCCGAGGUUGCUAAAUGGAGCCAAAAGGGAGUGAACAUAAUCUACAGGCAUCGUUUGGUUAGAACUGGAUAUAAAGCUGGUAACCUCAAAUCAGCUAUGAGCUGUGAUUACGUGGAAGCAUACGAGUUUGUCGCAAUCUUUGACGCUGAUUUCCAACCAAACCCGGACUUCCUUAAACUAACAGUUCCACAUUUCAAGGGUAACCCAGAGUUAGGUCUGGUUCAAGCUAGGUGGACAUUUGUGAACAAAGACGAGAACUUGUUGACCCGUCUUCAGAACAUCAAUCUUUGUUUUCACUUUGAGGUUGAACAGCAAGUGAACGGCGUGUUCUUGAACUUCUUUGGUUUCAAUGGAACAGCUGGAGUUUGGAGAAUCAAAGCCCUUGAGGAAUCUGGUGGUUGGCUUGAAAGGACCACUGUCGAGGAUAUGGACAUUGCAGUCCGCGCUCAUCUCCAUGGAUGGAAGUUCAUAUAUCUUAACGAUGUCAAGGUCCUUUGUGAAGUUCCUGAGUCAUACGAAGCAUAUAAGAAGCAGCAACACCGUUGGCAUUCAGGACCAAUGCAGCUUUUCCGCUUGUGUCUCGGUGCAAUCUUGACCUCUAAGAUAGCCAUAUGGAAAAAAGCGAAUCUGAUACUUCUCUUCUUCCUUCUUAGGAAACUCAUACUUCCUUUCUACUCAUUCACAUUGUUCUGCAUUAUCCUUCCACUCACCAUGUUUGUUCCAGAAGCUGAGCUACCUGUUUGGGUCAUCUGCUACAUACCAGUUUUCAUGUCUUUCCUCAACCUUCUCCCAUCUCCAAAAUCGUUCCCUUUCAUCGUCCCUUACCUCUUGUUCGAAAACACAAUGUCGGUCACCAAGUUCAAUGCGAUGGUAUCUGGAUUAUUCCAAUUGGGUAGCUCCUACGAGUGGAUUGUCACAAAGAAAGCUGGAAGAUCAUCAGAGUCGGAUCUUUUAGCUAUCACCGAGAAAGAGACACCAAACAGAAGCCAACUGCUUAGGGGAGUUUCCGACAGCGAGCUUUUGGAGUUGAGCCAACUCGAAGAACAGAAACAAGCGGUUUCAAAGAAACCCGUCAAGAAAACCAACAAGAUAUACCACAAAGAGCUCGCGUUAGCCUUUCUUUUGCUCACUGCAGCGGUUAGGAGUCUCUUGGCAGCUCAAGGAGUUCAUUUCUACUUCCUGUUAUUCCAAGGUGUCACCUUUCUUCUCGUGGGUCUCGACCUCAUAGGCGAGCAGAUGAGCUAA